GCCAAACACCCCUUUCUUUAAUACGUAGUACUCCGUAAUUCUUCUUCUUUGCUCCAAUGGCUUUGCCUCAGCAGGUCGUGCAUUUCCAUUCUUCAUCGGUAACCUCGAACAAACCCUACCUAAAUCCUUGUAAAUAUCUCCUUGGAUCACCAUCUCUCCAUCGCGGCCACCAGCGGCGGGGAAACGCCAAUUCUCUCCGCUUCUCCGCUUCUUCAUUCUCCGAGAUUCACCACGCUGGUUCCCCCAAGUCGGAUGACGUUACCGAACUCCCACUUUUCCCCUUACCCUUGGUGCUCUUCCCCGGUUCUGUCAUCCCUCUCCAGAUCUUCGAGUUCCGCUACCGAAUCAUGAUGCACACUCUGCUGCAGACCGAUCUCAGAUUCGGAGUGAUCUACUCCGACAGCGCGACCGGCGCCGCCGAUGUUGGCUGUGUCGGAGAAGUUGUGAAGCACGAGCGGCUCGUGGACGACCGCUUCUUCCUAAUCUGCAAAGGGCAGGAGCGGUUCCGAGUAACAGAUCUGGUACGGGCGAAACCCUACCUGGUGGCACAGGUGACGUGGCUCGAGGACCGGCCGUCAGAGAACGGAGAAGAGGAUCUAGAGUCGCUGGCGAACCAAGUCGAGACAUACAUGAAAGACGUGAUUCGAUUGUCAAACAGAUUGAACGGGAAGCCGGAGAAGGAGGCGCAGGAUCUGAGGCGGAAUCUCUUCCCGACGCCGUUCUCGUUCUUCGUCGGAAGUACGUUCGAAGGAGCGCCUAGAGAACAGCAGGCGUUGCUGGAACUGGAAGAUACAGGUGUGAGGCUAAGAAGAGAGAUGGAGACAUUGCGGAACACUUUGAAUUAUUUGUCAGCUGCUUCUGCUGUGAACGAUGUGUUCCCUUCCUCUUCCUCUCCAUUAGAAUGAAUGGAUGACUUAAAGUGAGGGGCAUAAUCAUAGGGUUUGUUUAAUGAUCUCUCUGUAUAACUGAAUGAAUUUAUGUAUUCUGUAAAUUGAUGAACUUUGUAAGGAUUUAUAACUUAAUAUGUUUAUAAAUUUCAAUUUCUACAGUCUCUUGUUUUUUCCAG